AUGUCUGUCCUAUUAGUAUGCCAGGAGCGAGCCAAGCGAGCUGAGGUUAUUUUCGUGUCCGCCGAUCGGCGUUAUCGUCCAGUGGCGACGGCCGGCGCGGACCGCGGACUGCGGACGGAUCGGGCAACAUGUCCGCCGAGCGAUCCGCCGCGGGUACCAGGCGCUCAUAACGUCCGCAGAGCUUUCGCCGCGCUCCAUUCAAACCGCUUCAUGAAUGAAGCCCGCGGCGCGGCGCGCGUCGGACGU